AUGAGCGAACUAGCAACCGGAACUCGUCCGAAGGACAUGGACAAGUCGGUCUCGAUUCAAUGCCCUCAACUCACCUCUACAAACUAUACAGUUUGGUCUAUGAAGAUGAAGGUGAUAUUGCGAAUUCAAAAGGUUUGGAAGACUAUUGAACCAGGUUCAACAGAUAGAGAUAAGAAUGAUGUAGCUACAACCUUGCUGUUCCAAUCGAUCCCAGAAUCUCUUAUUCUACAAGUUGGUGAUCUAGCUACACCUAAAGAUAUUUGGGAUUCGAUUAAAUCUAGAAACAUGGGAGCUGACCGUGUUAAGGAAGCUCGAAUACAGACUUUAAUGUCUGAUUUCGAGAAACUACGAAUGGCUGACUCAGAUAGAUUUGAUGUUUUUGCUGGAAAGCUAUCUGAAAUCGCAACACAGGCAACAUCACUCGGACAAACUAUUGAUGAACCCAGGAUGGUAAAGAAAAUGCUAAACAGUGUGCCUAGGAACAAGUUUAUCCAUCUUGUUGCCUCUCUAGAACAAGUAUUGGAUCUCAAUACUACAAGCUUCCAAGAUAUAGUUGGAAGACUCAAAGCCUUUGAGGAGAGAAUACAAGGAGAAGAUAAACAAGAAGACACACAAGGAAAGCUUCUGUUUACUGGUUCCGAUUAUCAAACACAGACAAACUAUACUCAGAGUUUUAACAACUUUCGAGGCAGAGGUCGUGGUCGUGGUUGCAGGGGCUACAGAGGACGCGGCAGAGGAAGAUACAAUGGACAGGAUCAAACCGAGUUUCACACAAAUCAAAAUCAGACUCAGGAAAAGAAAGAGAAGGUUAUAACCUACAAACUUAUGCCUAAGAACUACAACAAAGAAGAGGGCAUGUGGAACAUAAGAGGUAAAGUCAAGUUUGGAGAUGGUUCGUGUGUAGAGAUUGUUGGCAAAGGUUCGAUACUGUUUGAGAGCAAGAAUGGAGAACAGAUUCUUGUGUUUGAUAUCUAUUAUAUUCCUGAUCUCAAGAGUAAUAUACUAAGCUUUGGACAAGCAACAGAGGUAGGUUGUGAUGUCCGGAAGAGACGUGAUUACCUUAUGGUUCAUGAUCCAAGAGAGAGACUUUUGGAAGACCGACUUCGUUGCUAUCACGUCUUGAUGACAACACCUGGAAGUGGCACGCUAGGCUUGGACACAUCAGUUUCAAAACGAUCAAAGCAAUACUCGACAGGUGUUCCCAAAAACUGCCCUGUUUCAAGCACUAAACCAUUGGAGCUGCUUCAUGCGGACAUGUGUGGUCCCAUAUCUCCAGCAACACUCGCAAAUAACAGGUACAUAUUUGUGAUUAUUGAUGAUUUUUCAAGAUACAUGUGGUCCAUCUUGAUAAAGGAGAAGAGUGAAGCUUUUGGAAGCUUCAAAGGGUUCAAAAGUGUUGUAGAAAAGGAUAUUGGCAGUGUUAUCAAGACUCUUAGGACUGAUAGAGGUGGAGAGUUCACUUCAAGAGAGUUUAAUGAGUUUUGUGAAUUUGUUGGGAUCACAAGACAUCUAACAGCUCCUUAUACUCCUCAACAAAAUGGAGUUGUUGAGAGAAGGAACAGAACUCUAAUGGAGAUGACAAGAAGUCUCCUUAAAGGAAUGGAAGUUCCAAAUUAUUAA